GUAAAAUUCAAGUCCGAUUGAAGGUGAAGAUGUAUGCCAGGUUGUUUCCUUGGCAACAAAAAGAUAAACUCAUGGCGACAACGAGCAGAACAAUCCAUCGUGACUCACUUCAAAACAAAACCUCUAAUUCGUGAAUAAGUGAAAUUUACAAGUGAUGCGAAAGUCAAGCAGAUUUUGUUAGCUAAAUUUAACGACUGAAUACUCGAAUCUAAAAAAAGAAAGGAAAAAUGUUCUCUUCGAAAGCGAACGCGGCGCUGGCGCGUUUGAAAGAAAUCGAGGAGAAAUACAAGAUGAAACGUGAGAAGCAAAAAUGGACUCAUAAAGAAAACACGGAUAGUUCGAUAAGCAGCGUUUCGAUAAUUCCUUCGGAGAAUCCCUCAGCAGAAUUAAAGAAAUCACCAAGGAAUAUCUUGAAGCUCAAGCUCGACAUUAAAAUACCAGAUACACGAAUCGAAGAUCGCACGGAAGAAACAAAACUUUCAUCGGAGAAGAAGAAAUCAACGUCGGACAAGAUGAGUCCGGAACCUUUCGAAGAUGAAGCCGACCUUGAUGUCACGAUGCCAUCGAAAGAUAAAUCGCCGCGUUCUACAGGAAAGCAAGAAAGUCUCAUCUCGGAUGUAACAAGUAUUCAAGAGAAUAGCUCGAUUGAAAGCGUGCUCGAUGACUCGAUGAUUUCGUCGAAAUCACUCUCACGCUCGAAAACAUCACGAGGAAACUUUUCCACGGCUAGCAAUAAAUCUUCCAGACGCGAAGAAAGGACAAAAGUGGCUGGAAAAUACGAGAAAGGAAAAGAAUCUGAUAAAUUGUCGGAAAUUUCGAGAGGAAAAGCGUCAUCUGGUAAUUCAUCAAUUAUAAAGCAAUCGAGAUUGCCCGGGAAAUCAAAUGAGAAGAGCGCGUUCAAAGCGCGUUCGGGCUUGAGAUCGGAAGAGCGUUCGAUUGAAGAAAAAGUUGCUAUUAAAAUACCGAAUGCAACUAGUUUGGAUACAAAUUUGGAUCGUUCGAGAUCUUUGCGCGAUGAUAGCGUUAUUGAGGAAUCGGUCGGCACAGUGGACGGCAGUGAAAUUAUUUCGGAAUUGUCUUAUACCAAGACAGGUAUUACGACUAAAAACUACAACAAUUCUAUUAAAAAUUCCAAAUAUUCGGCAGCUGAUAACGCUGUAGUAGUUUCGAGCAGUUCUAAACAGCUGGCAACUGAAAGCGGAUAUGCGAACGACACCUUCGAGGACAUUUCGAGUUCAACUUUGCGAUCACAAUCGCAGCACGAAAAAAUAAUGGAUGGGAGCAGAAAAAUAGAUUUAGCAGAAUCUAGUACAAAGAAAAUCCAAAUGGCGUUACUUGAGCAACAUAAAUAUCAACAAAAUAACAAGACUAUCAGAAACGAGCAUGUGACUUUAAAACCCAAUACUGAGGUUAAUUUGGAGCCGCCCAACUAUGUUAAUACGAAUUCAGAUAAUGCAAUCGUGAGUUUGAUAAAAUCGCCAAAACUCGUCAGUUCGAAGAAACCUUAUCAAGAAUAUCAACCGGAAUCGAUUAAAAGAAACAAUUCUAAUGUUACAAACUUCGAUAAAAACAUAUCUGAUUCUUCGGAGUCGUUGACCAGAAUCGGUGAUGUGACGAACACAGAUGAGAAGAAAAACUCACCGGAGAUCAAGACGACUUCUGUUCGGCAAGAAAGCAGUCGGAAAGAGCAUGGGAAAGCAUCGAAUAAAAUAAGAGAACGCGCAAUGAUAAAUAUCACUGAACCGCCUGUGGCAGAAGACAUAAUCGAAUCAAGUUCAUCAGAGGAGAAAGAAACAGAAAAAGAAAACGUUUUUGAAGAAAGUUCGAAUCAACACAUUUCCCAAAAUGCCGAAGAAGUGUUGAGAAAAUUGCACAAAGAUGCGUAUGAUGCGUUGGUCAAGCGACACACAAGCUCGAAAAAUGCAAAAAAAACAUCGCAAAAAUCUUCCAAGAGUAAGACAGAAUCGGAGAACAAGGAUGUGAUGAAAGGGAAAAAAGAGAUGUCGAAAGAAGAAAAUGAAAGUCACUGCUCUUUAGAGGAAAAUGAAAUGCAUAAUCGUAAUGAUCUCAAAUCUAGUAACCAGAAAAAGAAAAAAAUCAUUAAAGUUACAAAGUCAGCGCAAGUUCACAAUACCGGAAAUCAUAAAGAAGAGAAGACUUCAAGGUUUGAUGAGAAACAAAUGCAUGGACUUCGGAAACGAAUUGUUAAACUGCGACUGCAGCAGGAACGGGAAGACCUCCAAAAAUAUCUACAGGAACUGAAGAAUUCAAGAUUGGAAUCGGGUUGUACCCAAGGCUAUUUCUAUCCCUUAGAAUUUCCAAAGAUUGCAGAAUUUACGCAAUCUGAUGCAAUGAAUUUAGAAUCGAAACUGGACGAUCAGCAUAUCAUGCUUCGGGAGAGAGUUUCGGCGAUCAAGCGAUGUUUGAAAGAUCAAUAUAUCUUGUAUCGUGACUACUGUUCUAUGGCGCAAGCGAUCAAUGUCCACUACGUUCCGACGACAUUGCAGGAUGCCAAAAAGACAAUACGCGAGCUGCAGAAAAUGACUAUUACAAGCAGAUGACGUUGGCGCGCCUACCUCAGAGAUUCAUCACACGUGAGUCUUCGUUGAAAUUAUCUACGAUCUAGUACUUCUAGAUAUUUCGAAAACAUGUACUCUUCUCAAACAUUGCACGACAAAUGUAAUACCGGCUUAAGAUGUACGAAAAGGUAGAAUAAUUUAAAUGCAAACAAAGAGAGAGAGACACGAGAGAUUACUCUCGCCCUUCUGCGCUAUUGGGCAAACUUCAUGAUACACGCGUGUCGCCUGCGUGGGAGUUGCGUGGCGGCGGCGGUGGCGGCGGCAGCGGAGGAGGAGGAGGAGGAGGCUGUCGCGGCGCGCUUUCAUUGACGCGGCGCGCGCACGCGGCGUUUCUGCCGUGCAGUCUUGGAGCAGCCUCGCGAUCGCCAGCACGUAACCGGCGACCGUCCGUACUCGAGGACGAAAUCACGACAGUCUCGGAGCCGGAUCCUCGCGUAUCAGUCUCACGACCGGGUGGUGCGACCGUAAUUUCUCGCCGACGACGGAGGACAGGAUAGGAAAUUAGACGAAACCAACCGGGAAACAGCGCCCGCUCUUCCG